AUGUUGAGGUCCGUCCAUUCUCCAUGGGACGCCCAAGACGACCUUCCAAGCGCCCACUCCUAUGCUUCUCCCCAUUCUCGAUUUCCUUCCAUAUCUGAAUUUUCCGACACUCCUUCAGUUUACAGUCACGCCUACUUUUCUCCAGACAGCAGAGAUAUCGAACCGAAUAUCGGUUCAUUUCGUUAUGAUGCAGACUCCUCCAGCCAGCGUCGGCCAUCCAUAUCUCACUCUGAAUACCUAGAUGAGCAUGCAGCGAGUAGCCUGGAUCUUGAUGAAGAUCUUGCGGGUGUUUCACUUAACACCGCAGAUACAAAUGAUGACACGGAGAAUGACGAUGAAGACAAUGAUUCCUCCCACAGGAUAAGCGUCCAAGGUCCCAAGAUACGCUUUCACUCUCGAGCACCUUGGGAAACUGGAGAAGACGCCAUUGACGAGAAUGACUCGGACCACAGUGCAAUGUCCACCGCGUUUAGCAGAAAAGUCAAAAGUAAGACUGCCAAGGCAGAUCUUAUGCGGCACUUCGGAAAGAGUUCCUCUGCCAGACCUAGCGCCGAGUCAACUCGUUCUCAGGCUCCAUCCAACGGUUCAUUUGAAAUCAUUACGGGUAAUCAUUCCAGUUCGCGAGGUGCCUUAUACACCCUGGCCCAGGAAUCAUUCUCAACCUCCUCUUUGACUGUUCCCUCUCAACAAUUUCCUGCCACUUCCCCAAGUAACCGCCACAAUUUUUCUCUGCCUCGCACUACAAACUAUCCACCCACAACUCACUAUGACAACCAUACCUCGGGAGAACCUCAGUCUGCCACUAGUUCCUUGCGAGAAAUCGGACACUUUUCCCAGCCAUCAUCCUCCACACAAGAUACACCCAGACCACACUCUCCUGCUUCGGAGGUUCCACGAGAUCACGAACGCAGUGCUACUAUUUCUUCGUUUCAUACUUCCCAAAGUCGUAUGUCUCACGAGGACUUCGUACAUCCCUAUGCCAACCCCGAUUUGGUGGCUUCUUAUGCCCCUCCUAGACCUGCACCGCUCCGUUCUACCUUUGGACAUAUCUCGCGAAGCGAUUCCGCUGCCACCGUGACUGACUCCUUAAGUUCGCGAUCCGGCGUUUUCUCAUCUACUAUAACACCAGACACGUCUGCCUCCUCCAUACCAUCCCGGGAUCACAUUCCCUCCACAGGCAUGCGUGUUCAUGGCAAAGAUAUUUCUCCCCCUAUCGCAGUUCUCCAUUCCAACGACUCAGUACAACGCGAUCACAGCACCAAGUUGCCGUCUUUUCACCCGCCGCCCAUAAUUGAAGGUGUCCCAGGAUGGAACGGCCAUUCCUCUCCAACUGUCACUCUGAUAUCGCUGCAGGAGGCACAAGCGAGAGAAAGGACCCGCAGUGCUACCGCCAAUGCCAUGGUCUCCUCCACCUCUCGGGUCCAUGAGCCUACCUCACGCAUUCCUUUUCCUGAGCCAGAUGACUCUGCCAGUAUAGCGAGCACCGAGACAUCUGCUACUGGCAGCUUCAAGCGGGCUCGCGCUCGCUCCACUAGUGCUGGCACCCGUGCCAAAGGUGUCCUUCAUUCAGUCGUUGCGGCAUCUUUGCAUAAGCCUGAGCGAAGGGAUUCGGAGCCUGCUGUCGUUAAUACCAGCGGGCAAACCCUGAAGCACAAGAAAAGCGGGUUUAUGAGACUGUUUAAUGGGCGUGAACGGGAGAAAGGUCGUGACAAAGAGAGGAGUCCGCCGCCCCCAGUUCCGUCUUUACAUGGUGUUUACGCAGAGUACCCUCACGGAAGCAAUGCAGAUAGCAAAUCGUCCCUUCCAAUCAUCCCACCUCGCUUGUCGUCCUUAAGUUCGGAUGCCAGGAGCAGCACUGCCCUCAACAACACGGAGUCCUCCUCAGAUGCCGAACAGGAGCCUUCCCCAAAGUUGUCUUCGCCUUCGCCAAAGCGUGCCCCGCCCUCGCUGUACAUAUCCACUAGCGCAUCAAAUCAAUCUCCACUCUCCGCUGAACAUCGUCCCACAGACGCGACUCAGUCACCCCCGUUUGGGAAAAAAACACCUUGGCGUGGUCCGCUUGGGGCCAUCGACUUUCAAGCUCUCAAACUACGACCCAUGUCUACGACAUUCAGCUCUCAAUUCGCUGACAUCGUUGCCAUCCCGGAGGUAGAGCAUACUUCAGAGGUCGAACUGGACACACCGACAUCCACAAUCAGUUCAGUGACAGCGUUGUCGCCCUUCACACCUGGAUCGUCACGACCAAGCGACGAUAAAUUAUCGCCAGUGGAGCAGUCCCUCGUAAUAAAGGCUCUGCAGGAGCAGAUGGUAGCAGCCAAGAAUGCCUGGCAAAGCCAAAUUUGGGAGCUGCAAGGUCAAGCGAGGGACUUGCAAGCUGAAAUCGAGGACCUCCACGCUGCGGAUGAAGACAAGGGAUAUUGCCAACACUGUGGUAGGGGGGGUCCCAGACAAGAGCGUGAAGCUUCUGAUGUAGGGACGAAGAAAAUCAGCGUCGUCGAUAGACCGAGGGGACGCAUAGGCGAUACCGCUCGCUUCGUCAAUAGGAACUAG